UCAGUGUCUGAGCUGAGGGUUGUUCUGCUGGGGAGCAGCUGGUCUGAGAAGACAAAAGUGGGAAACAUACUUCUGGAACAAUCAUUGUCCUGCAAGGAACAAAGCUCUUGUAUGAGAAUCAGUGGACCGAUGCAGAACAAAAAAAUAGCUGUCAUCUACACCCCAAAUCUGCCACCUCUCUCUAGCUCUAUGAAUGAACUAACAACAUUUAUAAAAGACUGUGUGAAAUAUUCUGCACCUGGUCCUCAUAUGUUCCUGCUGGUUGUACAGCCUGAAGAUUUCACUGAGGGACAUGGACGGAGGCUCUGCACAGUCCUUGAAAACUACAGUGAUCGAUCAUUUGAUCAUUCAGUGGUGCUGAUAUUAACGCCCAGAGAGGAGAGUCCAGGUUGGAAGGAGAAACACAUGGAGAACGGUCCCUUAAAAGACCUGAGCAGUAAAUUUAGACACAAACUCUUGGUGAAAGACCUUGACCGUGUCCAGCUGCUGACAUGCUUUGGUCAAAUUUUAAAACGGAACAAAGGAGAACAUGUGAGCUAUGAAGCAUUUGAAGACCCAACAGCUACUUUAGAAAGCCUGAAACAAAAGACAACACCGACUCCAAUCAGAGAUGCUGUUAUAACUUAUGGUGAGUGAAAAAAAACUAUUUUCACAAGAGGAUGAAAACUUUCAAUACAUACAUGUUCCUCCUAUUCUCCUACUAAAUACUGCAAACUAAUGUCAUAUUUUUACAGGGUUGCAUGCAACUAAAGAAAUCUCUGCUCAGUUCUCACUUUCAGGAACCAAUCAUUCAUCUCAGGGUAAGUCAAUUCAUCACAAAACUAGCUCAGACAGGACACGGUCAGGUUUAAUCAUAUAUUUCUAAAUGACAGGUAUUUGUGUUUAGUAACAACUGCUUGAGUGAUGUUCUGGAACAAUCUGAGCAAGCACGACACAGACAGUCCCUGAGAUCACAAACCCCAGCAGAGCCUGAGAUUCACAUUUAAAUGAACACAGUAACAAGGACACCAGCUUAAAUGGACUUGAAUAUUCAAAAUCCAGUUUACAUAGUUUUAGGGUACAACUACAAACCACCUGAGUUAGACAGUCUUGCAAAAUAUAAGAAAAAAAAAUUCCUUUGCCUGGAUUAGAAAAUGUGUCUCUGAAUGAGCAGUUGAGGUUUGCUGCUGUUGUGACUGGAUGUUCACCACUCUGCUACAUGCAUACAUCAUCCAAAAAAACUAAAUCAUAUUUUCCAAACCAAAGUGACACAUUGAGACACAUUGCUGUGCAUUUGCUGCAUUUUUUGUCCUUGCAGCAACAUGAUGUGUGAAGAAUACAGCUAGCUGUUAGCUUAGCAAAAAGAGUGUAAGCAGGGGCACAGCUCAGACUGAUUGAUCAGGUUAAUCAUGAAAUCUGAUCAAUCAGUUUCAGCCAUCAUCUGGUAAACCGAGAGGCCCUUCUCAGCUUACCACUGUGGAGAAUUAACCCGUCCAGUAGUCCAUCACACUGCACUGGGAAGCUCUCCAGAGUCUAAUAUGGUCCAUUUUGUUGUCGCAGCAGCGCACAUCAGCUAGCAUGAUUGUGGGAAAUGCCAGACUGUGUGGAUUAGUAGUUAGCCAAGCAUGCACUCCCCUGCACUUGCUCUGCGACCAUGACCUCUCGCAGCACUUGUGUUUUUUAUGAGCGAGUGUUCAUAGUAGUGAACACUGGCUCGAUCAGCACACUCAGCUAGUGCUUGUUGGAGUAAAAAUCUUUGUAACAUCUGUUCAGAAAAAAAAGAUGGCUGCAAAUGUAUUUCCAUUUAGCUCCACUCAAUGACACACAUAUAGACAACUGUUAUGUUUUAUGUUGUAUUGCCUACAACAGGAACAAUGUAAAUUGGUUGGAGGAAGUC